GGUAUUACACAAAGAGAGAUCGUGGUUGAAAAUAGAGUGAGCAAAGUGAGUAUGUAGUGUAAAAAGAAAUAAAAAUUAUGCAAAAUAUUUAAAAAAGAGAUGAGCAGAUAUAUAUAAAAAAUAAAGAGUAAACAAAUAAAUUGUCCUUUAAAGCACAUGCGUACACAAACUUAUUGAGUGAAAGAUAAUAUGUGGAGUAAUAUUUAAGGAAAUAAAAUAAAAGUUCAUAAAGUUUUUUUUUUUAUUAUUGCGAUGUUACCUUAGUAUGCGUCAAGAAAGCGUUGUUCUUGAAGAAUGGGACUGUGUCAGCGUGGCGGCGGGCAGCGGGAGCAGCCCCAGGUCGAGGUGGAGGCGAUCAGCGGGACAGCAACGGUCCAAGUUGGAGGCGGUCAGCGGGACAGCAAACGGUCCAAGGUGGAGGCGGUCAGCGGGACAGCGACGGUCCAAGUUGGAUGGCAAUCAGCGUGAGAGCAAUGGUGCAAGGUGGGGUCGAUCAGCGGAACAGCAACGGUCCAAGGUAGAGGCGAUCAGCGGGACAGCAACGGUCCAAGGUGGAGGCAGUCAACAGGACAGCGACGGUCCAAGGUGGAGGCGAUCAGCGGGACAGCAACGGUCCAAAGGUGGAGGCGGCCAGCCGGACAGCAACGGUCCAAGGUGGAGGCGAUCAGCGGGACAGCAACGGUCCAAGGUGGAGGCGGUCAGCGGGACAGCGACGGUCCAAGGUGGAGGCGAUCAGCGGGACAGCAACGGUCCAAGGUGGAAACGGUCAGCGGGACAGCAAUGGUCCAAGGUGGAGUCGAUCAGCGGGACAGCAACGGUCCAAGGUAGAGGCGGUCAGCGGGACAGCAACGGUCCAAGGUGGAGGCGAUCAGCGGGACAGCAACGGUCCAAGGUGGAGUCGAUCAGCGGGACAGCAACGGUCCAAGGUGGAGACGGUCAGCGGGACAGCAACGGUCCAAGGUGGAGUCGAUCCGCGGGACAGCAACGGUCCAAGGUAGAGGCGGUCAGCGGGACAGCAACGGUCCAAGGUGGAGACGGUCAGCGGGACAGCAAUGGUCCAAGGUGGAGUCGAUCAGCGGGACAGCAACGGUCCAAGGUGGAGACGGUCAGCGGGACAGCAACGGUCCAAGGUGGAGUCGAUCCGCGGGACAGCAACGGUCCAAGGUGGAGACGGUCAGCGGGACAGCAAUGGUCCAAAGUGGUGGCGAUCAGCGGGACAACAACGGUCCAAGGUGGAGUCGAUCAGCGGGACAGCAACGGUCCAAGGUAGAGGCGGUCAGCGGGACAGCAACGGUCCAAGUAGAGGUAAUAGGAUCACCGGAACAGCCGAUAACGAUUCGAUUCAAUUUCAACACCGCGAGCCUUGCUUCUGGGUAUGCAGACGAUUCUUUGAAUCGUCCCACCAGGGGUACCAAAUUAUGUGUAGGACGCUUCACCUGUGGUAAAAGGACCUGGUGAAUAUCUCCUGUCCUUCACACAAGAGGGGAACCAGCUUCUAUAGUGGUUGAUAUAAUUAGACUCUGAUAUUCUUUGUCGAGUCGAAGCAAGGUGUAAAUCGGUGUUGAAAUGAUUAAAAUACGUGUGAGAUAAUUAGUUUAUUUAACACAAACACUAAUAUUUACAAGUAUCGUACAAAAUAAUUAUUAUUGUUUUUACUACAACAAAAAAACAUACAUAAAUUUGCUAUGUGCAAUUGACAGUAAAGUGAACCGCGAUUUAAGAGUGAAACAUGUGAUUAGUAACAAGUGAGAGAAGAUUCGCGUGAAAAACCGUGUAA